GUACUUCACCGGGGCCGGGACGAAAAGAGGGAUCGACGUGAUCUGAUGACGCUCGCCUCUCGGCGGCGAACCUUGAUGGUGUCAUCGAGGGCCCGCCCACCCGCCGAAGACACGCUUCCGAGUUGUACCAGAGCAUGAGGAGCUUAUUGAAACAAUUUGGAUUCUCAAGACUUCUCAAAGUGGAAAGCUGUAGAAUAACUGAGUCAGCAUCACCGAUUCUACUACCUUGGGCAUCGUUGAUACAGAAGCUUAGCAGAGUACCUGUUAUUUUCUUGCUGGAUCAAAGAAAAAGAUUCUCAACCAUGCCUGAAAUAGAAACAAAUCACAGAGACUCUGAAUUGUUUUCCCCACCCUCUGAAGUUCGAGGAAUGACAGAACUUGAUAGAACAGCUUUUAAAAAGACAGUCACCAUCCCAGUGCUUAAAGUGAGGAAAGAAGUAGUCAAUAAACUGAUGCGAUCCCUUAAAAGAGCAGCACUGCAGCGCCCAGGCAUAAAACGUGUGAUUGAAGAUCCAGAAGAUGGAGAAGGUAGACUAAUUAUGUUGGAUCCCUAUAAAAUGUUUACUGUUGACUCCUUUGAGAAAGAAGAACUCAGUAUUUUAAAGCAGCUGAAUGUUAAUCCACAGAUAUCGAAAUAUAAUUUGGACUUAACUUACGAAAACUUUAAGUCAGAAGAAAUCUUGAGAGCUGUGCUUCCUGAAGGUCAAGAUGUGACCUCAGGGUUUAGCAGAGUUGGACACAUUGUUCACCUGAACCUUCGAGAUCAUCAACUACCUUACAAGCAUUUAAUUGGCCAAGUUAUGAUUGACAAAAAUCCAGGAAUCACCUCAGCAGUAAAUAAAAUCAAUACCAUUGAUAAUACCUACCGAAAUUUUGAAAUGGAAGUACUAUCUGGAGAGGAGAAUAUGAUGACAAAGGUUCGAGAAAACAAUUAUACCUAUGAAUUUGAUUUUUCAAAAGUCUAUUGGAAUCCUCGUCUCUCCACAGAACACAGCCGUAUCACAGAACUUCUCAAACCUGGGGAUGUCCUAUUUGAUGUUUUUGCUGGGGUUGGGCCCUUUGCCAUUCCAGCAGCAAAGAAAAACUGCACUGUGUUUGCUAAUGAUCUCAAUCCUGAAUCCCAUAAAUGGCUACUGCACAAUUGUAAAUUAAAUAAAGUGGACCAAAAAGUAAAAGUCUUUAACUUGGAUGGGAAAGACUUCCUGCAAGGACCAGUCAGAGAAGAGUUAAUGCAGCAGCUAGGACCACUGUCUAAAGAAAGAAAACACUCUGUGCACAUUGUCAUGAAUUUGCCAGCAAAGGCUAUUGAGUUUCUCAGCGCUCUCAAAGCGCUCUUAGACGGACAGCCAUGUGGCAGUGAACUCCUUCCCACCGUGCACUGCUACAGCUUUUCCAAAGAUGCUAAUCCAGCUAAGGAUGUUCAGCAACGAGCUGCAACUGUGUUGGGCAUCUCCUUGGAGGCAUGUAGUUCAGUUCACCUAGUAAGAAAUGUGGCGCCUAACAAGGAAAUGUUAUGCAUCACUUUUCGGAUUCCUGCUGCUAUACUUUACAAGAACCAGACCGUAAAUCAAGACUUUACGAUGACACACUGUCAAGUCUGGUAGAAGGCUAUUUCAUUAAAUCCACGGCAAUGUUGCUAUUUCAUGCAUGAACAAUCAUGAAGAUCCACCUCUUAAACGCCAGAGGACAGAUAAAGACUUUUAAGAAGAAAAUAUGCAAAUUGCUUCAGUCACUUAAUUGGAAAUAUUUUCUCCAUCUCCCCACUAGACCUUUGUGAUAGUGAACUAUCAUUUGUAUGAUUUUAUUUUAGCAGUUACUUUAGUAUUGAACCCUUUUAUUUUACCCUUGAGGCUUCCCUGGUGGCUCAGAUGGUAAAGAAUCUGCCUGCAAUGCAGGAGACCUAGAUUCGAUCCCUGCAUCUGCAAGAGCCCCUGGAGAAGGGAAUGGCAACCCACUCCAAUAUUCUUGCCUGGAGAAUCCCAUGGGCAGAGAGGUGCCUAGCAGGCUGUAGUCCACGGGUUCGCAAAGAGUCAGAUAUGACUGAGAGACUAACACAGUCGUAUAAAUCGGGAAUUAUCAAAUUAAAAUUUAAAUAAGCCUACUAAAUAUAUUUUGUUUUAUAAUUUUAUCAUCAUAUAUAUCUAACAUUAGAUAAAUAUGUUUAAAUAUUGUCGGGAAAAUAGUUUUUGAAAGUAUGAUAACUGCAUGCUAACUAGGAAAGCACUAAUAUUUUACAGUUAUCCUUAGUUGAAGAGUGUAGCUAAGUUAUAUGUAAAUACUCCUAUACUUACUGUUAAUAUAGAAGUAUUAAUAAUAACAAAUGAGAUUAUUUAGAUCAGAGACAGGCAAACUACAUCCAGCAGACCAAAUCUGGUCCACCACCUGUUGUAUGGCAAGUAAGCUGAGAAUGGGCAUGAAAAUUAUAUGAAAUUUGAAUUUCAGUGUCCAUAAAUAAAGUUUUAUUGGAACUUA